CGUGCCGGCAAUGGUGUCCCCCCGUGCGGCCAUCGUCUUCCUCGUGGCGGCCUCCUCCCUCGCCGUCGCUCUCUCGGCAGAUGGCGGUUCGGGGCCGGUGCUGUACGGGUACGCGUCGGGGAGCGCGACGGGGCCGGAGAACUGGGGGAAGCUGAGCCCCGAGUACCGGGUGUGCGGGCAGGGGAAGCAGCAGUCCCCCAUCGACAUCGUCACACGGCAGGCCAUCCCCAACCCCAACCUCGACACCCUCGAGCGCACCUACGCCGCCUCCCACGGCACGCUGGUCAACGACGGCCACGACAUCUCGCUCAAGUUCGACGGCGCCAAGGUCGGGGCCAUCACCAUCGCCGGCAAGGUCUACAACUUCGACAAGCUGCACUGGCACUCGCCCUCCGACCACACCAUCAACGGCCAGCGCUUCCCACUGGAGCUGCACCUCGUCCACAAGAGCGCCGACGGCGGCAUCGCCGUCAUCGGGAUCCUCUACCAGCUCGGCGCUGCCGACUCGUUCUACUACCAGCUCAGGAGCCAGCUGGCGGAGAUGGCCGCCGACAAGUGCAGCUUCGCCGCCGGGGAGGAGUCGCACGUCGAGACGGGGCUCGUGCACCUGCGCUCCCUGCAGAAGCGCACCGGCAGCUACUUCCGGUACACGGGCUCCCUCACCGUGCCGCCGUGCACGGAGAACGUCAUCUGGAACGUCCUCGGCAAGGUCAGGCAGAUCAGCAAGGAGCAGCUGCAGCUGCUCAAGGCGCCGCUGCCCGGAAACGACGCGCGACCGGUGCAGCCGCUCAACGGCAGGACCGUACAGUUCUUCAACCCGCCCAACAGCACAAUCUCCUUCCAGAUGUAAUCCU